AUGAGCGGACUUCGAUUUCUUGAUCUAAUCAAGCCCUUCACGCCUCUCCUGCCAGAGGUGGCAGCUCCUGAAACCAAGGUGCCCUUCAACCAGAAGUUGAUGUGGACGGGGUUGACGUUGUUGAUCUUCUUGGUCAUGAGCCAAAUGCCUCUUUACGGUAUUGUCUCCUCCGACACCUCGGACCCCCUGUACUGGCUGCGUAUGAUGCUGGCCAGUAACCGUGGUACCCUGAUGGAGCUGGGUAUCACCCCUAUCAUCUCCUCCGGCAUGGUUUUCCAGCUCCUCGCAGGUACCCACCUCAUCGACGUCAAUCUUGACCUCAAGACCGAUCGUGAGCUUUACCAGACCGCCCAGAAGCUUUUCGCCAUCAUCCUCUCCUUCGGCCAGGCUUGUGUCUACGUCCUGACUGGUCUCUACGGCCAGCCCAGUGAUCUUGGUGCCGGUAUCUGCGUUCUGCUGAUCGUUCAGCUCGUUGUCGCUGGUCUUGUUGUCAUCCUCCUGGAUGAGCUGCUCCAGAAGGGAUACGGUCUUGGAAGCGGUAUCUCGCUCUUCAUUGCCACCAACAUCUGCGAGUCGAUUGUCUGGAAGGCCUUCUCUCCCACUACCAUCAACACCGGCCGUGGUCCCGAGUUUGAGGGUGCCAUCAUUGCUCUCUUCCACCUGCUCCUGACCUGGCCCGACAAGCAACGUGCUCUGCGCGAAGCUUUCUACCGUCAGAACCUGCCUAACAUCAUGAACCUGCUGGCUACUCUUCUCGUCUUCGCUGCUGUCAUCUACCUCCAGGGCUUCCGUGUUGAGAUCCCCGUCAAGUCCUCCCGCCAGCGUGGCAUGCGUGGCUCCUACCCCGUCCGCCUGUUCUACACCUCCAACAUGCCCAUCAUGCUGCAGUCCGCUCUGAGCUCCAACAUCUUCCUCGUCAGUCAAAUGCUGUACUCUCGUUUCUCCGACAACCUCCUCGUCAGACUCCUCGGUGUCUGGGAGCCUCGCGAUGGCUCUGCUCAGCUUCACGCUGCUUCGGGUAUCGCUUAUUACAUGUCCCCUCCCCUCAACUUCAAGGAGGCUCUCCUUGACCCCAUUCACACGGCUGUGUAUAUCACAUUCAUGCUGGUCGCAUGCGCCCUCUUCUCCAAGACAUGGAUCGAGGUCUCUGGCUCUGCCCCUCGCGAUGUCGCCAAGCAGCUCAAGGACCAGGGUCUUGUGAUGGCCGGUCACCGUGAGCAGAGCAUGUACAAGGAGCUCAAGAGAAUCAUUCCUACUGCUGCUGCCUUUGGCGGUGCCUGCAUUGGUGCCCUCUCCGUCACCUCCGACCUGCUCGGCGCCCUUGGCAGCGGUACUGGUAUCCUCCUUGCCGUGACUAUUAUCUACGGCUACUUUGAAAUCGCCGCACGUGAAGGCGAUAUCGGAUCGGGCCUCAAGGGCCUUGUUCCCGGUAACUAG